AUGUCUACCACGUUCAGUGGAGGCCAGUUCUUCUACGUGAAGACGCUAAUUUUCUUCUGCGCAUUGCUCGCAUAUUCAGGUUCAAGCGUGGCUGCCGCAGGCCCAAGCAGUGUCAUACACAAUGCACACGGUUUGGACAAGUUAAAUGCGGCUUCUAGCUCGGUCUCUUCCAUCAAACGCCAUUUGAGGUCAAGCGAAGACACGGAAGCGGGUGACUGUUUCAUCUCGAGAAGACUCGGUAUAAGUCUGAAUGAAAAUGUGUCCAAAGUAGUCUCAGACUUUCAAGAGUGGUGGCGGCGGCUGUGGCAGAAAUCCUCGGACGGCACGUAUAAGGACCUGAAGCUUCACAAGACAGAAGGUGGACCAUUUAAAAGCUCAAAGAUUUUCGAUUGGGUUGCUUACGUCAAGGCAUUAUACCGGAAAUCCCUGGCUGGCGCAUAUGAAGCAAUGUUUUCGACCUUGGCACGUCGAUACAAGGACGCUGAUCUGGCCAAAAUUCUCAUGGAGGGAGAAAAUAGUGAAAGUACGAGAUCCAUUGCUACGGAAUUGCUAGGUGUCCAGGUCCAGCGCUGGAUAAAGAAGGGCAAAUCUUCUGAGCAAGUUUUUCGCCUUUUGAAGCUCGACACGACAGCAGGUGGACCAUUUGAAAGCCCAGUCUUUUUGCAGUGGGUCGCUUUCGUCCAGCUUAGAUACAACAAAUACCCGGGUGACGCGACUGAUUUAAUGUUGUUGACCCUGGCAGAACUGCUAACCGCUCAAGCCUGGCGCUGGAUAGACGCUGGAAGAUCUGAAACACAUGUUUUCAAAAGUUUGGAGCUCGACAAGACAGGGGACAAACUAUUUGAAAACCCACUCUUUACGCAGUGGGUCAAUUUCGUCAAUUUAAGGUUUUCACACCUGGAUGACGCAAUUAUUGCAAUGUCCACGACACUAAGAACUGUUUACACUACGGAAGAAGAACUUACCAAGGUUCUAAAUGCGGGAAUGAAGAUACCUGCUACGAAAGACAUUGCUUCAAAACUGCAAGAGAUCCAGCCCCCAAAGCAAGACAAUGGGAUCGAAAAGUUUGAUUUUCAUAGUUUUGGAUUUGUACCACAAGACAGGUAG